UCCCCACGCAAGUUAAAAGGGGCUAUAAAUAUUGCUUAUGCUCUCCGACUAAGAAAUUCCAGUUGUAACAAAAAGUCUAUCUACUGGUGUAGUGUGGAAGAAAGGUAGGUUGGAUAGUUAGUUGCUUACAUCCGUAAUCUCAAAUUUAUUUUAGAUAUAGCUUAGAAGUUUAGUGAGUAGUGACAAAGUGAAAAAAGCUCAAAAGUUUGUCGAAAUGAAGCAAAGGAAGGAACAAGGGACUAUUUCAAGGGCAGCAACACCACCACCACCUCCUCCGCUUCCAAAAUUCCGAAUCAUCUCGAAGCCAAGAGCAGAAGAGAGCGUGACAAAACGCGAAAUUGCCAAGUUUUGGAGGCAAAAGCGAAUUGUGGAAGAGGAUCAUCUCCUUGCUGCUAUCAAGGCUGCGGCAAGACUCCGUGCGCGCAAUCUCACGGAGCAAGAGUACCUGAGGUUUGAAUUGAGCUUAAAGAAUGAGGGUGAUGAAGAUGAGGCCAAUAAAGAGAAAGUCAAUUGGGCUGUAGGGACAAAUUAUUGUGGCAAAAAGGUUGAUGAAGACAAGGAAGUACGCGUGGGAAUAAAGGAUUGGUGGACUAAAAGCAAGUAUGCAUAUUUAAACCAACCAGCCUUAGCUUCCAUGGAUCCUCCUAAGAAACGGACCUCUACUUAUGUUCCACAUAUUAUUUCUUACAAGCCUAAGGCCUUGUAUCCUACUGCUAUUGGUGUCUUUUGAAGCCAUAAGAGCUCUCAAUAUUAUUUGAACUUAUAAUAGUUCCCUUGUUAAUGCUUCAUUUGUUAUUCAAAAUCCCAUGUGUGUUAUUUGGGAUAAGAAUUGUUACAUUUGUUACAAAUGGUCAAGUUUGAAAUAAUUAUUACUUAAUGUGUAAUUGCCUUGCUAUUCUAUUUUCUGGUUAAUUAAUCACCAGUAAUAGAAUUUCUCGACAUUACCUUUCUAUUAGAAGAAUUGAUUUCUAGUUGUGUAUAUAAAAAAAUACUAGUGUUAAAAACAUCCGUCCUGAGUUCA